GUUCCUUCAGGGGGACCCUGCCCCACUUUUGGGCGUUUUCAGCCAUCGGGAUGGGGACAGGGUGACACCCCCCGGUGUGCCCACCCCCCCAAACCCCUGUGUGUGUCCCCCCCCCAGCUGAGCCAGCUCUAUGGGGUGCCCCCCUGCAGUGACCCCCUGCAGUUCCUGGCCCACCUGGCCCGGCGGCAGGGCCGGCUCCGCCCGGGGGGGCUCCCGGACGCCCACGCUGCCGCCACGGCCCUGCUGCGCGACUGGACCAGUGGGAAGAUCACCUACUACACCCACCCCCCCAAAUCUCAGGGGGUGCAGCUCGAGGCCCAAAUCCUGCCAGAGCUGGGGCCAGCGCUGGACCUGGAGGCUCUGGAACGGGGCGAUGCCGAGGCCCUGGCAGCUGUCCCAGUGACGGUGACAGGGCUGGAGCUGUCCCCGGAGGAGGAAGGGGAAGAAGCCAUGGAGGACAGCAGCGGCGACCUGGAGUUUGGAACGAUGACAGUGGAGCUGAAGCCCCGGGUGAAGUCGGGGGGCACUGGGGGGGAGCCGGUGCCCCGAGCCCCCAGCCUGGAGGAGGUGGCUGCGCUCCCCCCUCUGUUCCAGGGGCAGGGGCUGCAGGCAGCUGGGAAAAAGAGGAAAAAACUGCAAAAAAGAGCACAGAAAAUUGCCACGAAGCUGUCGGAGACGUUGGAGGCGGCCAUGCAGUUUUGAGGCAUCUACAAAUUAAAUAAAAAUAUUAUAUUUAAUUGAGAA